UUUCGGUUGAGAGCACGAGGAAAAAUAGUGGACGAAAGCUGGGCGAUUGCAAAGUGCAGGUUCAUUUGAGUGUGAAAAAUCAGGGAAUUUCAUCGAGAGUCAGGGAAAGAGUUUGAAAUGAUAAUUGCGAUGAAGUGAGGAGUUCUGUGGGUGCCGCUGGCUCAUGUGGUGUGUCCAUGGUGCAGUGACUACCCAGGGAGCGUGGUCCCCUAUCUGACGCGUGGAUCCUGAGGUUAUUUUGUUUCUCCUGCGAGACCGAGGACUCAGCCCCGGAUGUCGAUACGGAAGAGCCAGUGGAGCAUGCGAUUCCGUUGAUCGCAGCAGCGGGAGCCCAGCGACUGUGGGAGAUUGAUCGGAAAAACUGAUAAUUAACACUGGACGAGUUGCGGCAUGGGCUUGCUCAGAAUUUCGUUGAAGAGAUGCUUCAUCUACAUUUUCUGCGCCACCGGGAUGGUCCUGGUGGUGAUGAAUGUUCGCCAGAAGGAGCUGUGGCAUUCCCUCAGGCCGGACCCCCGACCGGCGCAGGCUAUUCGGGCGGUGCCAGAUGUUGGCAAGAUGAAACUCUCGGUGCCCGUAAAAGCCAAGGGCCUGCCUACGACGAGGGUCGCGCGGGUCAGGCAGAGUGUCAAGAGUAAAUCAUCAGUUGAAAAAUUCGAGCUCUCGAAUAUGACGGGGACACUGAGCCCAGUGGAUCACAUUGCGGAGAUGAUGGACCCGAGCAAGAGGCCGUGGUACAUGAAGGGCGGAACCAAGCGACCACUUCCGGCCGCCAGGUCCAAGAGAACUGCCAGGAGAAUCGCCAGGCUGUGGCCGGACGAGGAUUCUAAUGACGAUAGGGUCACGAAUCAGUUGAUGUUCGUUCCGCCUGAUUACAACAGAACGAGUGUCGAGCAUCGCCCCAAGAGGAUAAUGAUACCGCACGGCAUGGGCGAGGCAGAAACGGGGGGAGAAUUGUUUCGCCAUCUCGGAUGCCCCGUCAAUACCUGUGUUAUCACUCGCGAUAAUCCCGAUCUCGCGGACUUGAUUAUCUUCAAAGAUUACGUUACUCACGUGGGUCGGAGACAGCCAAAUCAAGUGUGGAUGCUGUAUUUCCUGGAGUGUCCCUAUCACACUCAGGCCGUAAAGAACGCUCUCGUAAAUUGGACAGCGACCUACAGACGAGACAGUGACAUCGUAGCGCCGUACGAACGAUGGCAGUACUACGACGCUCGAGUUACUCAAAUACCCCAAACAUUCAACUACGCUGCUAAUAAAACUAAGAAAGUUGCCUGGUUUGUCUCGAAUUGUCAUCCACGUAACCAGAGAAUGCAGUAUGCCAAAGAACUCGCCAAGCACAUUCAGGUGGACAUCUACGGGGCCUGCGGCAGCCUCAGGUGUUCACGAUCUCAGGCACAAACGUGCUUCGAAAUGCUCGACGCUGAUUAUAAGUUUUAUCUUGCAUUUGAAAACUCCAAUUGCCGGGAUUACAUAACGGAGAAGUUCUUCGUUAAUGGUCUUGGCCACAAUGUAUUGCCAAUAGUGAUGGGUGCGCACCCCGCAGACUACGCGAAGAGCGCGCCCUACAGAUCUUACAUUCACGUGGACGAGUUUGAGUCGCCGCGAGAGCUCGCCGACUACCUCCACCGCCUAGACCACGACGACGAGCUCUACAACUCCUACUUCAAGUGGAAGGGCACUGGCGAAUUCAUCAACACGUACUUCUGGUGUCGUGUGUGCGCAAUGCUCCACGAUCCCCGAUCGCCCAAGUACUACAAGGACGUCAACGAGUGGUGGCGGGGCGACGACGUCUGCACCCAAAACUCCUGGAGGGAGCACGACACCAACGAGAUAACCUUCAAAAACUCAUGAACACUUUCGCGAUAACGAGUGAAGGGAUACAAAAUUUCCCCCUUCUCUUUUGAAAAAUUGAAGGGAACACAUUCCACAAAGAACCACCAAUUUUAGCGACUGCACUGCUUGUAGUCGCAGUUGAUUAUUAAAAAGAAAACACGAAAAUACUUCCAGGAAUGCAGUGAAUGACAAUUUCACUUUUAAUUAUGAAUGAUAAUGGAAAAUGAUAAAAGACUGCGCGUAUGUAAUUUAAGCCUCAAGAAUAUUCGUGAUUUGGAGGGUUGAGCGGAGGAAAUCCACUGGAAUUUAGUGGCGAAUUGGUCAGACGAGGGAAUUAAAUUCAACUUUCUUCAGUUCUUGAGAAAAAAAUGAGUUGUCUUGGGUUUCCACUUCGCCACUGAAUUAUUUCCCCGAUUUUUGCUAUUUUGGAAACAAUGAAGUAUUAUUGCAAGCACAUGGUAGAGGUCCGAAUGGCCAGGAAGUAGUUUAGAAUUUUGGAAAGGAAAAAUAGCGAAUUCUUCUACAAUCUUCGGAUGAACGAAGAGUUGUUCUACGACAGUUGCAUGAUUUAUCCUUUCGAAAACAAAAAGUUUCUAAAAUAAAAUUCAUUCAACUAUAAUUUUUUCAUUCCUGAAAAAAGAUAUAUUAAAAUCGAGGCAAUUGUUGACGUUUACCGAAUUUUAUUCCAUUAAUAAUUUUGUUUGUUUUAUUGAAAUUCGAUCGAGUUGCAGUUAAAACAAUUACAACUAGAAUAAAAAAAAAAUUUAUUGAAAAAUCAUAAUUUCAGUUCAAUUAUUCCAUAAAAAUCAGAAAAAUUCAGUUGAUGAAAUUUUUUUAAUGCUCAAUCGACUGAAAAUUUUAGUCCAUUAAAAUUUUUUUUUGUUCGCACCAAACGAUGGGAUGGCAGGCCUCAUUAAUUACAAAAACAAGAAAUUAUUCUUUUGAAGAAAAAAUUCUAGAACUCUCUGAAAUUAAUUUCGCGUAAUGAAUAUAGUUCCUAAGGAUUAUGAGAUAACGUAAGAUAGAUUAGCGGGCAAGACUCUGUGAUACGUUCGCGACACCCAAUGAAACUCGCCCGACGAAUCAUUUAAUUUUAUUGUGACGCUCCGUUUUGUACGAGAACCGGCUUAAUUUGCUUCAAGACUUGGUGCGCACACUGCCAAAUAAAGAAGUUCCCAUUAAUUCUCUUCAGUUCUAUAUUUCCGAUCAUUAUACAAGAUGCACUUGCGAAUAACGCACAAUUUGUACAAAUUUUCAUGAUUUCGUUGGGAAUUCAUUCUGUUAUUUACAAAAUGCCUGUACUAUGCAGCGCAUUGUUUAUCCAUUCAUCAGUUAAGUACUCGUAGAAAUUAUUGUUUAUAUGGAAUAGAAGUGCACAAAUCAAAUGGUGACAGUGAAACAACGAAUUGUGAGAGAAUCAUUUAUAUUUGAUUAUUUAUUUAUAGUUUAUUGUCUUGGUUGCGUGAUUGCAUUCAUAUCUACAAAAAUUGUUUGUGAUCGAAAGUGGAGAAAUUCGGUUUGACAUAAAAUGGAGAAAGCCCUUUCAUAUUGCCUAAAUAUUGAGAAAAUUAACUUCGACUUGAUUAUUGAACUCAAUUGCGGGAAUUAAUUAAUUGAAAUCGAUUACGAUGGGCGGUUUUUGUAGAUAAAGUAUUACGCGAGGGGACGCACAAGUGAGGAUUUUAAGAAAUGUUGGGAGAUUAAUAGUGUCGAUUAAUUGAAAAUAAAACCCAAUGAAAAAGUCAUGACUCAAGCCUGGAACUAAUUGAAUUAUUACUUUUUUCGUGGCUUGACACAAACACAAAAUUCCCGACGAAUGAUUUUCAUUGGUUGAGAGCAGAGAGUUUAUAUCGAUAAUUUUAUGAUUACUGAACUCUGAUUAUCAGAGUUGUAGGUGACAACAAUAGUAUUAAUCUCACACCAUGUGAUGGGAGUCAAUUCAAUGGUCGCUUCAAUUGUUUCAAUAUGUGGAUAGAAAGUGAGAAUAAUGGGUGAUUCGAUGACGCAGUAAACGUCUCGCAUGUCCUCUAGUCCCAGUAUUAGUCGAUUUGUAAUUGUAAUCACUGGAUUAUAGAUUAAAGAAAGAAACACGAUAAUCCUGAGAAGUAUGAUUUUCAAGAUUUUUAGAAUUUGUUUUGCGGAAUGAUUAUUUGUUGACAAGAUUGUGAGAAAUUUUUUAUGAAGAAUUGAAAUUAUCUUUAUUGAAAUUAACCGAUUACUGUGAAAUGAAUAAUUGAUUAUUUAUAGAAUGAAAUUGUUUGAGAAAUUCAUUUGGAUAGAGUCCGAAUGAGUCACAAAGAGAGGGGAAUUAUAUUCUCAAUUAGAUUGUAUAAAACAUUCCAACAUUUUCAAUUGUAAUUGAGUUUAUCGGUGCUGAGUGUUGUAAAAUUAAAGGAUAUUAAUAAAUAAAUGAAUAAAGUCAUUAUAUUAGGAUUAAAUAACCAUCGGUGGACGAUGGAUACGACGAAGAAACAAUAAGUGGCAUUUUUUGCAUUGCAAUGUUAUUAGGAAUAAUUAGAAAUUAAUGCGAUGAUUUUGUAUAUAAUAGCUUGUAAUGUCAACGUUAUUAAUAUUGAUAAUUGGAAGAAUGAAUAUUCAUCAUUACUGGUUAACAAUUUCGUGUAAUAUACCACGCAUAUCGAUCGCAGAAAUACAUUAUGAUGAAUUUCUAGUGCAA